AUGCAUUGGUGGCAUGGCGCGUUCACCUCCACGUCGAAAUCGCAGUCCAGGGACGACAGCUUCGUCGUCGGCGAGUCCGGCGGCCUCUGCGGGAAACCCGGCUUCUUCUCCUCGCGGCGGGGCCGCAUGUUCUCGCGCGCCAGGAAAGUGGUGCACGCGUCGGAGAGCGACGUCGAGACGUGGCGGUCGCGGGGAAAUCCGAACGAUUCGGCCUCCAGGGCGUCCGCGUCGGCCUCGGCGGUGCCCCAACCGCUGCCGCUUCCGGAAUUGCACGUCCUGCUGCAGCGCGACCCCAAAUACGCGGGGUCGGGACAUUGCAGCGUGCCCCUGCCGUCGCCGGAGGUGGUUCACGAUAUCCCGAGGGGGUGGGAGGAUAGGGAAAGGGAGAGGACGGAGGUGGUGAACGGCGAGGAGAUUGACCAACUCCGUGAGCUCAAAAGGUUAGUAGGCCAAGAUCCAAAAACAAACUCAGAACGUUCUGAAAAACGGUCAUCAACAGUGUCUUCGCGGCAGAACAAAGCUGCCAAAGAUCAAUCCUCAGAUGUCUGUGGUGCUAAUAUCCCUGUUAGUGCCCCCACAAGUCCUUAUUCAACCCGAAUCAUAAGUCCCUCAAGAGGUGACAUUUGGACAGCCAAGUACAUGACUCCCCCUGGUGUUUUCCAAGUCUGGUCUGCACCAGAAAUACCUCAUUCGGAUUGGAAUAUGGGCCAAGGAUUCUCUUCUCAAACUCUUCCAGAGAGAAACACAUCAAGUCUUGAUAAUUCUCCUCUUCAAAGCCCAAGGAUAAGUACUCACCUGCGUGCAACGAGCCCUCGAAGGACACCAUCACCAUUGAACUCCAGAUUGUCCACUGAGACCCCAUUGACAAAGUGGGACAAUAAUGCUCAGUCCAAUGUACAUCCAUUACCUCUUCCUCCUGGGCCUGCCAUGUCAUCACAAGUUCAUCCAAUAUCCCCAGUUGGAACGAGAUUAGAUACUUCUGGUGCCUCCAUGCUCUCACCGUCUGUCCAUAAUAUCACUUCAGAAUCGUCAUCACUUUCUUCUGGUGUGAGUAAGCCGAACAUGAUGCCCAGGAAAUCUAAAUGGCAAAAAGGAAAGCUCAUCGGUAGAGGUACUUUCGGCAGUGUGUAUGUGGCGUCCAACAGAGAAACUGGAGCCCUAUGCGCCAUGAAAGAAGUUGAAAUUUUACCGGAUGAUUCCAAGUCAACAGAAUGUAUGCGGCAGCUGGAGCAGGAAAUUAAAGUGCUCCGUCGUCUAAAACAUCCAAAUAUCGUACAGUAUUUUGGUAGCGAAAUUGCGGGAGACAAGUUCUACAUAUACCUGGAAUAUGUCCAUCCAGGUUCAAUUAAUAGAUUUAUCCAGGACCAUUGUGGUGCUAUUACAGAAUCUGUAGUUCGGAAUUUUACUCGCCACAUACUCUGUGGGUUGGCUUAUUUGCAUAGCAAGAAAACCAUACACAGGGACAUUAAAGGCGCUAAUUUACUAGUUGAUGCAUAUGGGGUUGUCAAGCUAGCUGAUUUUGGGAUGGCUAAACAUCUGAAUGGGCAAAAGGCAAAUCUAUCAUUAAAGGGGAGUCCAUAUUGGAUGGCUCCAGAGCUUCUGCAGUCUGCUACGCAAACAGAUGCUAGUACUGAUAUUGCAUUAGCUGUUGAUAUAUGGAGCUUGGGCUGUACCAUCAUUGAAAUGAUGAAUGGAAAGCCUCCUUGGGGCGAGUAUGAAGGGGCUGCAGCACUAUUUAAGGUUCUUACCGAGAGCCCGCCAAUACCAAACACAAUGUCGGCAGAAGGCAAAGAUUUUUUGCAAUGCUGCUUUCGUAGAAAUCCGGCCGAAAGACCAACAGCAAGUGAGUUAUUAGAUCAUCCGUUUGUCCGCUACUCCCAACAGUUCGAUGCCUGUACUCACUCAUACGAAGAGCCGCGAUUAUUGGCCAAUACCAAAGCCUCGAGAGAGCAUGCGAGACGUAAGUCCGAUCAAGGGCCAUACGACCUCAAGCAAGGGAAAUCGAGUACCAACAGAAGCUUGAAAGGCUUGGCAAAGGCCAGAUUUGCCUUGCUAAUGAAUUCAGAAAACAAAGAGUUUUCUCCCCUGGAUUUGGGGCUGUAG